GCUCCUUUCACCAGGUCCACCCCGCCCAACCUAUGGGUGCAUGUCGAAGAAGCGGAAGCCUGAGCAACAGGACUGUCUGGUAGCUUUAAAGAAGAUCAGGAGAUGUUCAAGCUCACGACAAAGCCGACUGUCAUUGCUGGACCUACCGGCUGAGAUAUUGCUAGAUAUCUUUUGCUACUCUACCAAUCCUGCACUAGCGGAGACGUGUACUCUGCUCUCCAGUCUGCUCUGUGCACUCCCUAUACCCAAUGCUCGGCAAGAAAUGCCUCCCCUCUGGCUACAGAAACGCUUUAUCGCUCACUUGAACCCAUAUUUCCCAUUUGCCCUUGAAAAGGCUUUGCGGCGACGAUUUUGCACAUCGAUAACCAUCGUUGCUUGUCACGAUCUCAUGACUGAUGGUCAAUGGCAAGAGCUGACGAUCCCCUUGCGCUUGUGCGUCCCGCCUUUCGACCUUCGAAAACGCCUCCUGUACACAGAGCUCUUCAUUCAGGGUGUGCGCAUUCGUUCCUCAUCACUCAACAAGGCCCUUGUGAUUUGGGCUGGCCAUGAUGGCUCAACAACCGAAGGUCCCUUCUGGGCGCAAUUUCAAAUAACGGCAUUCGAUCACGAUGUGCUUCUGGCUGCUUGCAAAGCGUCGGCACGCAAGCGACUAUUUGCUCGAGAACGAAGUUUUGAUUUCCUGGUCCGACAUGCAAGUUUCAGCAGUAGUCUCGGUCAGGAGCUCAUGAGUUGGGCGGUCAAGCAUCGCGAUAUGGCGACAGUCGCGGCAUUGCAGCAACAUGGCGUCAUUCCAGACGUCAAGACGCUCAAUCGUCUCUAUGGUUAAGAUGAAUCUUUUGUCGACGUUUGGUAAUCAUUGUCCACGAAACACAGUUUCAUUCAAUGGAUUGCAAUUUUGACAUCAGGCUCCCUGGCAAAG